AUGAAGUUCCUCUCCUUCCUUGCCAUGACCCUUGGCUUUAUGGCCGUUGCUGCCAGCGAAGACAAGUUCGUAUUUGAAAGACUGGACAAGAAUGACGCACUGCUUCUGGUCGUCGAUCUCCAGGUUGGCCUCUACAGCCUGGCUCGGGACUUUGACCCGACGCUCUACCGCGACCAGAUGCUCGCUCACGCCGCCCUGGGCAAGGUCUUCGAUCUGCCCGUGAUUCUGACGACGUCCGCCGAGAAUGGCCCCAAUGGCCCUCUGCCUAAGGAGAUCCUUGAGAUGCACCCCGAUGCGCCACUUGUGCAGCGUCAGGGAGAGGUCAACGCCUGGGACAACCAGGAGUUCCGAGAUACUGUCAAGGCCGCCAACAAGUCUCAAAUCAUCAUGGCCGGUAUUACGACUGAUGUCUGCACGACCUUCCUGGCACUUUCUCUCCGAGAGGAGGGAUACUCCGUCUGGGCCAACGUCGAGGCUUCUGGCACCACCUCUCCUCUUGUCCGCGACAUCUCUAACGAUCGAAUGGCCAAGGCCGGUGUCCACACGGUCAGCCUCUUCUCCAUUGCUUGUGACCUGAUGAGAGACUGGCGAAACACUCCCGGCGCCAAAGAGAUGAUUCCCUGGCUCGACAAGUACUUCCCUGUCUGGGGAUACGUUGCCAGGUCCCACGAGGCAGCCGUCAACAACGGCACCAUCCAGCCUGGGGAGGAGAGCCUCAACUAG